UGGGUCUUGUUGAAUUUACCAGAUUAUUGCUGAAAAGCUGCUACUAAAAGAAAAGAAGGACAUUGGGGUCACUAAAAGACUGCAUAUGAAGUAUUGAACUGUCAUGUCAUGAGUAUUGAAUUUUUAAUCCUUGAUGGCCUGAAAAUCAUGAAGUAUGGAAAAAAAGAAAAACAAGACAGCAAUAGUUACUUGGUAUGUCCUGAUGCCGAAGCUGACGCAGAAGCUGAUUGGACAUUUUCCACCUUUCAUCCUCAAACAUAUGCACAGGAUUGCCCCAUAAACAGCAUUGAUCAUGAAUGUGAGAGGACACAACGUUUUACAAAGUCAAUACUAAUUAUUUCCUCAGGUUCACAUGGAACAUGUCUUUCAACUCAUCAGCUCGAUUCACAGUUUCCUUGGAUGUAGUUACCACUUCAUAAACAGAGGAACCCUUUUGUGUUUUCACAGACUCUGACUGGAGAUUUGGAUGCUUGGAGUGGGCCAGCUAAAUGUAUCUGGCAUGCUGAGUCUCCAUGUGACGCUGCCCCAUGAUGCAACAUGAGUCCCCAGCACCUGCAGUGACGAUGAUGGCCACCCAGAGCGUUCCUCCUCCAACGUACCAGGAAAGCCAACAGAUGACGGGCACAAGUCAGCAGAACUCCAAGACCCCACAGGUCCAUAUCCCAGCAGCCUCUGCAGCAGGAAAUAACUCUGUCAGUGUGACUCUUGACCCCCAGGCCCAGCUUGAGUCGGACAAGAGAGCUGUUUACAGUCAUUUUCAAAGACAUCCGUUGUUCCCCCUGCUGGCGCUGCUGUUUGAGAAAUGUGAACAGGCCACACAGGGAUCUGAAUGCAUCACUUCAGCCAGCUUUGAUGUAGACAUUGAAAACUUUGUACACCAGCAGGAGCGAGAACACAAGCCCUUCUUCAGCGAAGAUCCAGAGCUUGACAACUUGAUGGUGAAGGCCAUUCAAGUAUUACGGAUCCACUUACUUGAGCUAGAGAAGGUCAAUGAGCUCUGCAAGGACUUCUGCAAUCGUUACAUCACCUGCCUCAAGACCAAGAUGCACAGCGACAACCUUUUACGCAAUGACCUCGGAGGACCCUAUUCUCCGUCCCACACCAGUCUCAGCAUGCAGCAGGAACUAAUUCAGACCUCCUCUCCAUCCAUGACCUCUGUCUCCAGCUCUGUUAACUCUUCAGGGAUUGUGGUGCCCGCUGGAGGUCUGCAGCAAAGCAAUGUCGCCAUGACCACCAUCAACUCACAAGUGGUAUCAGGUGGGACCUUGUACCAGCCAGUUGCCAUGGUGACAUCACAAGGGCAAGUGUUAACGCAGGCACUACCUCCAGGAACCAUCCAGAUUCAGAACUCCCAGGUAAAUGUGGACUUAUCGUCUCUUUUGGACAGUGAAGACAAGAAGUCAAAGAACAAAAGGGGGGUCCUGCCCAAACAUGCCACCAACAUCAUGCGUUCUUGGCUCUUCCAGCAUCUCAUGCAUCCAUAUCCAACAGAAGAUGAGAAGAGGCAGAUUGCUGCACAAACAAGCCUCACCCUUCUGCAAGUAAACAACUGGUUUAUCAACGCCCGUCGGCGUAUUCUUCAGCCCAUGUUGGAUGCCAGUAAUCCAGAUCCAGCUCCUAAAGCAAAGAAAAUGAAGUCCCAACAUCGCCCAACGCAGCGAUUCUGGCCGGACUCGAUUGUGGCUGGAGUUCUACAGACACACAGAUCUCAGACCGUCAACAACUCAGAAAACCCACUGAGCAUGGAUGGCCUCCAGUCGCUGUCCUCAGACUCUGCCACCCUGGCCAUGCAGCAGGCCAUGCUUGGAGCUGAUGACUCCAUGGACGGUACAGAGGACGACGAGGAUGAGGAGGAGGAGGAAGAAGAGGAAUGCAUGGAUGAGGAGGACGAGGAGGAGGAAGAAGGAGAGGAGGAACAUGACAGAGGAAGGCAACUGUCCAGCAGGGGAGGAGGAAGAAGAGAGCUCAGCAUGGAUGCAGGAGACGAGCUGGAGUAGCUGGACAGGAGGAGGGAAUGGGCUGUGUGAACUUUGACCUGAGCUGUCAGCUUAAUGCGAGCCCCUCUCACACUCCACUAGCCUGCCGUUAACGCUGAAGGACUUAUGCUUCUUUAAGGGCACAUUCUAUCUUCACCGCAGACAAGCAUCAUGAUUAUAAACAACUAAAUCUAGCCGUCUGACAAAUUUGUGUUAUUGCAUUUUUAUCAUUGUAUGUCCUCCUGCAGUCAACUGCUAGAAUUUUAUUUUUGGACUCCGAAGCUCGGGGUAGUUAUGGAAAAGAAAAAGCACAGAACCUCUGGGGCAGGAAAGAGUACUGUCAACUGGGAAUUAGGAGUAUUUAAAGAAAAAAAAUGUAAUGCAUUCUGGGAUAUUUUGAUAAGAUAAAGCGAAUGCUGCAAUGAGGAGUAGCUCACAUGCAUCAAAAAUCUGAAAAUCUCUGCACAGGAAGAAUUUUUGAUCAUAUGUGGAAAUAGUAACUCAGCUGAAUGUAAGAUCUUGGCACCUGAAGUUCCCAAUUAAAAGGGCUGCAGAUUUAAAAAAAAAUAAUAGUAUUAUUUUUUUUUUGACUGACAGGAAGCCGUCCUUUGAUUCAGCAGCAAAUGUGUCAUUUUACUUUGUAAAAUGAGGUGGGGGGGGGGGGGCUGACAGGAGAGUCAGAGGCUUUGUGUGAUGCGUUCCAAAUAUCUGCAGAUGUGAGGUUGAAGGGAGCUUCUACCGCUGGGACACGGCUCACACGUUUCAAAUGACUGAGGUUCUCAGGUUGAACAGUGUCUCUUCCUCACAGGCAUAAUUCAGCGCUGCAGCAAAUCAGCAUUUUCAGCAUGACGUUUUAAAACUCUCUCAGUUUAUACUUUCUUCUUCUUCUUCUAUGAGCCAAAAAAAACACCAACACAGAAAAAAACAGACUGCACAUACAGUAUGUAAAUUGGAUUUUCCUCUGUUUGCAUCCUGAUGUUGAAGGUUUGCAUAUUUAUUCAGUCCUACUUGUGUGUCUGCCUGUGUGUGUGCCCUCAGAAAGUAGCUGGGCCUGGUGACACUUUCUGACUGAAGAGAAGGGCCGCCAUGUACAUACGUACUUGAAUCCAGCUGUUGACUCCUAAAAUAAAGGCCUGUGUAUUUUUUCUUAUCUUGCUGGAUUCAUUGUGUCACUACAGACUUAUUGUAACAGCUGAAAUCCUACAGUGAUAUCCAGCUACUGCAGAGUUAAGAGACAUUUAUAGCAAAAACAAGUAAAGCAGAGGAGUUUUGAAGAAACUGUGAAUCAGAUGACACUCUUUAGGGGAUAUUUUUGUCCUGAACACAAAUUGAAUCAGUCAUUUCUAAUGUAAAAAUAUCUUGGGAAGGGGGAGAAACCUCAUGUUAUAUUGAAUGUUCUGAUAGUUUAUUGUGAUGUAAUUUGCUCAUUAAUAUUCUUUUCUUGAUUGCCUUUUUUUAAUGGAUCUUCCAGAGCAACUAGGGGAAUAUUUCUAUUUCAUUUGUACACUUUGUUGUCAAAAUCUAUUGUGUUUCAAUAGAUCAGUUUUAAUAAUUAAACAUGUAAACCUGAUGUACUUA